UGACUUUUGCACUAUCAGUUUAAACUUCUCAUCAAGUGUUUAGCCAUGGCAAUGAACAGCAAACUCUUGCUUCUCUUUGUCCUUGCUGUUGUCUUCUCCUGCAGAAGCACAGACGCCUUGAAGGUUAAAGCCACUCGUAUCCAAUUCUACAUGCACGAUGUUAUUAGCGGUCCAAAUCCAACUGCUGUCCGGGUUGCAGGCCCUGAUAACUCCACCACCAGCCCAAAUGCAACUGCUGCCAUGUUCGGGUCUAUUUACAUGAUGGACAACCCGCUCACAGUCACUCCCAGCCCGAACUCCACAGUUGUAGGACGUGCACAAGGGAUUUAUGGCAUGUCAUCACAGAACGAGUUCAGCCUUCUAAUGUCACUCACUGUUGGGUUCAUUAGCGGACCUUACAAUGGCAGCACGUUUAGUGUGCUUGGCCGGAAUCCGAUCAUGAGUGACGUGAGAGAAAUGCCUGUGGUCGGUGGCACCGGGAUCUUCAGGCUUGCCCGUGGAUAUUGCCUGGCCAAGACCCACUCGAUGGCUGGAUUUGAUGCCAUCAUUGGAUACAAUGUGACAUUGUUACACUACUGAUCGGCGAGGAGGCAUUGCGUUUUUUUUUUUUUCCCAGUUAUUUAUAUACAAGUUCUACUUUCCAUCCUCAAUCUUUUGUGUUCGUUGAGCCUAUUAUUGGAAUAAAUAACAGUACCGUCUGAUUUUUUUCUUC